GAGCGCUAAAGUUCACAACUGUCUGACUGACAUCACAGGAAGCUCAAGACAAAUCUGAUCUGAUGAGGGCUGUGGCUUUGACAUCAACUAGAUAUAGAAUUUUAUUUAGACAGUCUGCUGUUUGAAUUGUUUCUAUACUGGGAUCAUCCUUAAUUUUUUAAUCUCGCUGACGAUGGCGGAGCCAAGUGGGGGAUAUCAGCAGCUUCCCAAUGAAGAGGAGCCAGAGGAGGGAGCUCAGGUGGCCAGUGAUGCUCCGCCCCCUUACAGUAGCAUCACAGCUGACAGCACAGCAUAUUUUGAUUACAAAGAUGAUGCAGCAUUUCCCAAGCCCCCAUCUUACAACGUAGCCACAUCUCUACCCUCGUACGAUGAGGCAGAGCGAACCAAAGCAGAGGCGACUGUCCCACUCGUCUCAGGCCGAGAUGAUGACUUUGUGGCCAGAGAUGACUUUGAGGAUGCUGACCAGCUGCAGAUAGGCAAUGACGGCAUUUUCAUGUUGACAUGUUUCAUGGCAUUCCUCUUCAACUGGAUUGGCUUCUUUCUGUCAUUCUGCCUCACAACCUCAGCGGCUGGGCGAUAUGGCGCCAUAUCUGGGUUUGGUCUGUCCAUCAUCAAAUGGAUUCUCAUCGUACGGUUUUCUGCUUAUUUCCCUGGGUACUUUGAGGGACAGUACUGGUUAUGGUGGGUGUUCCUGGUGCUCGGCUUCCUGCUCUUCCUCAGAGGCUUUAUUAACUAUGCCAAGAUCCGAAAAAUGGCAGACUCUGUUUCUACUCUUCCACGGACCAGAGUUCUCUUCAUCUAUUAAAGUCACUUGCUGGAACUGAAAACACAUUCACAGGCCUGCAUUGAGCCGUUGAACCAGCAGUGAAAAUAUAUCUACGAGAAAAAAAAAAUCCUUCCGUCUGUUAUCUACUCAUCGAAAAGGAAGACCACAGAAUUCCAGAGCGAUGGAGGAAGAGCGUUUUUUCCACCCUCUGCUUUUGAAAAAGCAGGUUGGGAGCCAGAUAACAAGAUACUGUUUUUACGUUUCUUAAUGUAAAGUAGUGGAUGCUAACUGUCCCACACCAUUAGUGGUUUGAUGUCAAGUGCUAUUUGCUCUUUUCAAGUCUGUAAUGUAUUAAAAAAGCCUUAUGUAUGAGAUGUUGUUUAUAGUAAAGGCAUGCACUGUCCUCCCUGUUAACCAGUAGGGGGAAGUCUUGCGUUUUGAUCUGUGUCUCCGUAUCUCAUUCAGUGAAGCAACCAGUCACUGCUGGUCUCCAUUCAUGAAGAGCUUUUCUCUUUGUGAAUGGCAGUGUGAAAUGAAGUGAAUCUAAAACGGACGAUGCUUUUCUUCUAUUCUCUUCUACUGUUUCUCUCUUGCUCCCUACAUGACCUGAAAUUAAAGUUGCUGUUUUUAAGUU